AUGGUUCAGUUCCUUGAAACGGUUUUCCCGCACCACUUUGAGGAUAUUGAUUUCAAGCGCGACGUUGUCUAUGACUGGACUGGAAUCCAAGGAUUUACCAAAGAUGGCGCUAGCAUUGUCGGGCGGCCGACCAAAGGAAGCCCAGGUGAAUACGUGUCGGUAGGACACAACGGCGAGGGCAUGGGCAGGUGCUUUGCCUGUGCCACGGUGGCAACUGAUGCCAUGCUGAACUAUCUGAAGGGAAACAAAUCGUGGACACCGCCUGAGUGGUUUCCAAUGUCCUUUGCUAGAAAUUUAGGUUCGGGAGAAACCAGUACUGUCACAAUAUGUGGAAGCUCUUCCCUGUCUGCUUCAAAAAGACUAUGUGUCGACGAUUCCGAGAGAUUACUUAUAGAUAUAGGCUCAUCAGAGGGACUUUAG